CAGUUGCCUGCUUUAUUUUUUAAAAUACAUUAUCUUUUCAAUAUGUCUCACCAAUCUCUUACAAGACACAGUUCUGGGUUUAAAUUAUACUCCAAACAAAUACUUAUCUACACAGAUGCGGUUUCUCAAGACCACCAUGGAAAGAUGGUCACCCUAAACAGCCCAAUCGAGUGGGAAACCGCCCAAUCUGGCAACCCUUUACACGAGUCCUGCACUUCUACAGUAUAGUACAGCAAUUAUACCUUAAAAUAGUAACUAUGUGUUUCACUCAUGAACACAUUUAACCAUGUUGUAAGUGUUUCUAUCUUGCAUUUCUAUCAGGUGUAAGCCGCUGCCUUCCUGUGCAACACUUGUUUUUCAAUGUUCAUGGCCACUGACUUGUCAUCAGAUAAGCUAUGCAACAUUAUCAUCAUCAGCAUGAUCCACAUCAACAUUAGCAGCAGCAGCAGCAGCAGCGACAACAGCGUUCUCUCCUCUGGUCAUCGGUGGGCGGGUGUUGUGUGUGUCAGGGUGACUUUCAAGGUGGGAUGGCUUCACACUUGUAAAUGGAUUUCAAUUGUUCAGGAAUGCAAGAGCUCCGGCAGCAACUGUGUCCUGGAGAAAAUGCUGGCCCAAGAGAAAAGAAUGAACGAAUCGACCCUUCUUAACGUAGAGCUCCUGUUGCCACCUGUUGAUCUGCUAGCUCAUGCUGCAUCAGCUAGCCGUGCAGACGAUUUCCUCGGUCUAAUCGAACGGCUGGUGUCCAGACUAAACUUUUCCAGUCUCGCCAGCGACAAUGAACUCUUACCAUCCAACAAUGUAGAGUUGGCCGCUCUCAUUUACAGAGAAAACUCUUCCCACAAUGGGUCUUCAGAGCUGGGGAAUAAAGCUGUAACCCUAGAAAUUGACCUUCAGGGAAUUGCACAAAACAACAAUGGUUCCGCAUCUGUCGUCAUGGUAACAGCCAAGAACCUUCACAACGUCUUGAACAGCAGCUUCUUCCGUCCAAAAGACGGUGAACUCGCUGUCAUGAAUGCGGAGGUGACCAUAAUCGUCUUGCCCCAAAUAGUCAACGGAAACCUCUCCAAACCAAUCAACAUCACCUUUCAACACUUGAACGUUUCAGGCGAGGGGGAUGCAUCUGUCUGUGUGUUCUGGAGUGAGGGAGCCUGGAUCACGGACGGCUGUGUAGCUAGCCAGGGAAACUCUAGCCAUUCUGUGUGUACCUGUGACCACCUAUCUACCUUCGCACUGAUCAUGCAGACACAGCCACCUACUACUGAGGGUGAUCCAGUUGUGGAGCGGCUGAGCACGGUCUUCAUGGUGGUCGGCCUUGUCUUCCUGUCCCUGGCCGUGCUGACCUUUGCCCUCUGCAGGUUCAAUCCGCGCGUCAGCAACAUGGCCAGGCUCAACCUCUCCCUCUGCCUGCUCCUGGCCCAUACACUCUUCCUCAUCACCCAGGCGGUGCAGCCGCAAAAGAUGGCGUGUAAGGUCCUGGCCGGGCUGCUCCACUUCCUUUUCCUGUCCGCUUUCGUGUGGAUGUCGGCCGAGGCCGUGCUGCUCUUCAUGUCGGUCAGGAAGCUGCGGCAGAUCAAGGCCAAGGACCGCGCAGGCCUCCACUGGACCCACUCGCUGCUGCUGGGCUACGGCGUACCGCUGGCCAUCGUGGCCGUCUCGGCCGCUGUGGUCCGUGACGGACACGGAAGUCAGAAGUGUUGGCUGAAGACGGAUAAGGGUUUCAAUUGGAGUUUUCUUGGCCCUGCCUGUUUUAUGCUCACUGGAAAUAUCAUACUGUUCGUCAUCAUCUUCAUCACCAUUCACACCACUCUUAAGGAGGCACGUAGUGAAGCCUCUAAGAUCAAGUACACCAGGCUUCUCCUGUUUAAGAUCAUGAGCCAGUGUGUGAUCCUGGGAUGUCCCUGGAUGCUGCUCAUGAUCCAAGUUAGCCCAGUACUGGAGUUCCUUGCUGCCUCCCUCGUCUCCCAACAAGGAACAGCCAUCUUCCUCAUCCACUGCCUGCUCAAUCCAGAGGUUCGGAAGCAGUACGCCACCUGGUGGCAGAAGCGCGUGCAUAGCAGCAGAAAGUCCUCGGGGAGCAGCAGCAUGGCCCUGUCCACCGCGUCUCAGCAGGGCAGCAGCGAGGCCAAAACCCGCCACACAACCCUGAACACCGCACAGGAGCAGACCCAAGAAGUCGCUCCACAGGCCGCCAAGAAGGACAGUUGCCGCCUCGUCAGCAUUCGCCAAAGUCAGACGUCCAAUGCCUAAACUUGUAGACUAGAGUAGGACACAGUAGAGCAGUGGUUCCCAACCUUUUUCUUCAGGGACCCAUGUUUUUUACCAUUGUAAGCUUUGGUGACCCAAUGGCGCGAGCGCCUGCAUGACAGGUAGUCACAUGAUACCCUCUGUUUCCUGCGAAAACUCAUUUUAGUUAUUUUAUUCCUUUAUUCGUCUUUGGUCAAAUAUAGAAUAAAUGUUUACAUUUACAUUUUGUUGCUUCUAUGCAUACAUUAUUUCAAUAAAUGCUUUGUCAUUUAAAUCAACAUCGGCGAUUUAAGGUAUUUAAAUGGAAACCCCUUAAAAUCAAGAAGGCUUGGCGACCCUCUGUGGAUCUUUGGCGAUCCAUAGGUUGGGUCCCGACCCAUAAGUUGGGAACCACUGCAGUAGAGAACUGGGUUGUGUUUCUCGAAAGCGCAUUUGUUAGCCAGUUAGCAACUUGAGCAGUUGUCAAUGGGAUAUUGCAUUGAAAACAACAACUAUGGUUAGCAACUAUGGUUUUGAGAAAUGCACCCCAGUAGAGUAGAGAUGCUUAAUUCAUCAUGGAAAAAAUAAGGUGUUUGGCAGGAAACAUAAAUAUCACAUGAAAACAGAAAUAGUUACAAAUUGUUUGAGCAGUCUGAACAACAAUCUGUUUCAGCAGUUUUGUUUUAUUACAAUCUGUUAAAUUAGAAGUGUAUUUCACAUUUGCUGAGCUGAUCCUAGGAGGGUCUAUAAUCUUAGCCUGAAUUGUUUGGAUGUGGCCAUGGCAACCCAUCAUGGUCUUCUAAGGAAGUGUUGUCCCUCUAAAGUGUUCUCAGUGCUGGUUUUACCAAUAAACAGAACUGUGCACUGUAGAGGCCCCUAACAGCCAGCAAACCAGCAAAAAUAAUUCAAAAUGGUCCCGUGUCUGUACUUACGCCUAGGGCCCCCAAAUGGGGCGAACCUAGCCUCGCGACGCCAUCCUCUGUACUCCACCCAAAGAUUUUGGCUCCGCACUUCGUCUGGGAAAAGCCUCGAGCUCGGUUCUCUCAGUGUUUCGCCAAUCAGCAAACAGUUGAGAGUAGUGACGUAGAACUCACCCGCGA